AUGGCCCCCAAGUUCAAGGACGGGGACACGGUCUUUUCUUUUAACGGGAAAUGGAUAUCAUGGUCACACACUGUUGUCGGAUACGCUGCGUUCCUAGGCGCUCUUGUUGUCGGCAUCUGGCUUCACUACCACAAAAUAGUCCAGAACGAACACUAUGGAUACCCCGAUGAAUGGUUCCCAUCCGUCUCAGCAACCAUAGGCGACCGGUACCCGGAACGUUCAGUCUUCCAGAUCUUCAUUGCUAUUACCUCCGGCCCUCGAUUCGCGCUCGUAUUCCUCUGGUACAUACUCACCGCGAGGCCGAACUCGGUACUGCCCAAGGCUGUGCUGGGCGUAGGCAUCUUCAGGACAUUAACCUGCGGAGGAUGGACGUAUGUGACGUCGACGGAUGACCAUGGAUGGCAUGAUAUCUUCAUGAUCGCGUACUUAGUGGCUACACUGCCCUGGACGCUCGGCUGUCUUGCCCUAAGCCCUCCAAAUCCUCGAGCUCUUAAGUACCGAAGGAUGUUUGCUGGGCUGUUCUUUGGAACUCUUGUACCUCUGGUCUACUUCUUUAUCCAGCACAAGGUGCACAAAAUUCCCGGAGCGUACACAACUUAUGCCUUUUUCGAAUGGGCCCUGAUUCUAUUCGACGUUGCUUUUGAUGCUGUUACUGCUCUUGAUUUUGAAGGUUUCGAGAUUACAGUGAAAGACAUUAAAGGGAUUAGCAGAGGAACGAGUAAAUCCGACGCUGCUAUCGAAAAAGAACAUGGUGUUCCUCUGGGCGAGCGCUUCUUCCUUAUUGAGAUCUUUGAUGCCGCUGCCGAUAUCUACAAUGGAUUCGUCUUCUGGUCUACCUUGACCUCUCUUGGAGUUGUCGUCUGGUGUAAGUUUAUAAUCACUAUCAUUCGUGGAUUUGAACUGACACCUUAUCUAGACUUUCCCUUAUGGAACAUGGGUAUAUCUGGAUACGAAGCCUUUGUCAUGGUUAGCAUCUCGCCUCUCCUCCUAGCCAUGCCAGGAUUCCGCUCCUUUGCCGUGCGCAACGUCAAGCUUCUCCAUCUGUUGUCUCUUUCUGGUCUGCUUGCCUACCAGGUUCAAUACCCGUCAUACCGACUCUUCUUGGUUGGUUUCUCCGUUGCAAUGGGAUGCUUGACUUGGGCUGCCAUCUUCUACGGAGAACGAAGCCAGCCUGGUCGUCUUGAAACCAGAGUGACUGCAUGGACCGUUGGACUGCUUGCUUCGAGCUUGAUGAAAUACGCUUGCCAUACCAACAACCCGGCUUGGCCCAUUGUUAACGAAAAGAACGGUGGAUGGAACAAGACUGUCCUCGUUCUAGCUUUAAUCGCCAUGCUUCGACCAUCUCGCAGAAACUAUGUGUCAGGAGACUACAUGACCUCGUCUAACGGUCGCAAGGGCUCUUCCAUCCUUUCUGCUCUCGGCUUUGGUGGACUUACCUUCGCUAUGCACUCCCUUCUCUCCGACUCUAGCACCAUGAUCCUCUGGGUAUGGGAAGGGUUCCCCGUCCGCGGUCCGAUUGCUGUACCGCAUGGAUCACUUACCCUGCUUGCCAUGGCUGCCGGUGUUUACCUAGGAGUGACAUACCCCCGUCUGGCUGGAAGCUGGACUGCCUUUGGUCUUGGAUCCGUUGGUGCCGCCCUCUUGACAGGCAACAGUCACUGGCUGGGAUUCUACGGCGGUCUCAUACUUGCAGUCUAUGUCAUGGCUGUUGCUCCCGUCCUCAUCAGCUCUGGUGUAAAACACUCACCUGCGACCGUCUUUGGACUUGGUUUCUUUGUCUACAACUUCAUGGUCCUCUUCCAUGUCUGGAUUGUUGCCUACGCCUUCGUUCCUGGUGGACCGCUCGUACGUGAACGUACCGACUGGGUCAUGACAUCAAUGAUGCUCCUGAUAGGAGCCGGCGUGUUUUCGUCUUCUGUCUCCCAGACCACCUCUUCAGCGAAAUAUAGAAAACCAGUUGUAAACGCUCGUAAGCAACGCACCUACUAUUUCUAUGUGCUCGGUGCUCUUCAGAUCUUCUCAUUCGCUGUUGGAUUCAUGCGAUUCCCCACCAACGACUAUACCCCCUACCACAAGGACGAGAAGGUUAUGACUGCUGGUAUUUGGACGGUGCACUUCUCUUUGGACAACGACAUGUGGUCAUCAGAGAGACGUAUGCGCGAUGCAAUUAAGGAGCUAGAGCUCGACGUCGUGGGGCUGCUCGAGUCCGACCUCCAAAGAAUUAUCAUGGGUAACCGAGAUACCACUCAAUUCCUCGCUGAAGAUCUCGGUAUGUACGUCGAUUACGGCCCCGGCCCCAACAAGCAUACCUGGGGAUGUGCUCUGCUCUCGAAGUUCCCUAUCCUCAACUCCACUCAUCAUCUCCUUCCAUCGCCCGUCGGUGAACUCGCGCCUGCUAUCCACGCUACACUCGAUAUGUACGGCGAACAGGUCGACGUUGUUGUCUUCCAUUCCGGACAGGAGGAAGACCCCGAGGACCGAAGGUUGCAAUCAGAGUACCUGUCGAAGCUCAUGGGCUCCUCCAAUCGCCCCAUGAUACUGCUCAGUUAUCUAGUCACCAAGCCGCUCGAAGGUAACUACAACACGUAUGUAAGCGAACAAAGUGGAAUGAAAGAUAUCGACCCGACCGACUGGGACCGUUGGUGUGAAUAUAUCCUGUACAAGAACAUCCGCAAGAUCGGAUAUGCUCGUGUCAGCAGAGGAACCAUCACAGACACCGAGCUACAGGUUGGUAAAUUUGCCGUUGGCCAACCAGAAGGCAAGGGAGAACGCAUCUCGGAAGACCAAGUGCCAGUCGGCAUGAGGUUCCCAGCUAUGUUCCGAGGAGAGGGAGUUCGCGGCCACAGAUAUCAUGUGUUCGACGAACCACGAUAUUACAACUAG